AUGGCGACAGCUCCUCUCCUUGCGUCCCAGACGAGCUUCUACAAGCGACCGCUACCCGAGACGUGUAUCGCCUUCAACUCCCCCGAGGGGAAGCGCCUUUUCGCGAAAGCGUUAGCUGAAGGGAAUAUGGAGUCGUACUUCUUGCUCGCGCCUCAAAUGGUUACGCAGAACGAGCCCGCAUACUGUGCCCUCGGCACGCUCGUCCAGAUCCUCAACAGUCUCGAAGUGGACCCGCAGCGGAAGUGGAAGGGUGGCUGGCGAUGGUACGAUCAAAACAUGCUCGACUGCUGCCGUCCCUUGACCGACAUCGCUGUCGACGGCCUCACCCUCCCCGAAUUCGCCUGCCUCGCACGCUGCAACGGCCUCCGCGCACGCAUCGCGCAACCCGUUCUCGACUCGUCGCCUGCACAGCGCGAAGAAGCGCUCGCCAGCUUUCGACGAGAUCUGAAGGACGUCUCGAGGGGAAAGGGGAUCAUGGCGUUCUCGUAUUCGAGGAGAACUCUUGGGCAAACAGGAGACGGUCACUUUAGCCCUAUCGGAGCGCUGUGCGAGGAGGAGGAUAUGGUGUUGAUUCUUGACGUUGCGCGCUUCAAGUACCCUUCGUACUGGAUUCCUGCCUCGCUUGCAUACGAGUCGAUGCUGCCGCUCGACAAGGCAACGGGUCAACCACGCGGUUAUGCCGUCCUUGAAGUUGCAGGAGCCGAGCCAGGUUCACUCGACGCGCCGCUCUCGCUCGCUGUCGUCACGCUCAACAAGUCGUCGUGGGCCGCCCUCAACAACUCGCUCUCCCUCCUCCUUCUCGCGCAGACCAAGCAACAUACGCCGCUUUCCGACUUCGUGACAAACUUCGUCUCGCACCUCGUCAAGCUACCUACUCUACCCUUCGCUGCUCGACCGACGAAUUCAGCGCAAACCUCUCUACCGCCCCUCCUCGACCAACUCUCAACAACCCGCCUCGCCCAACUCGUACCCUUCGCUAGCGCACCCAACCCCUCUUCUGUGCUCCUCAACAUCGUCUUCGCCCUCGCGCUCCUCUCACCGCGCUCGUCCCUCUCGUCGCUCAUCCCGCCCAACCUGGCGGACGAACUUGCGACGCUUGCGCAGGAAGCGACGAGCACGGUCGAGGGGUUGCGAGAGGAGGUCGAGAACGCGACGAAGCAGCUUGGGGCGUUGGGCGAGUGCUGUCGAAGCGAGGAAGGGAAUCAGGCAGUGUGCAAGUGUGCGGGCCCAGACAAGCAGGUCGAGGUGGAUUGA